AUCACGGGGACAAACACGCGGGUCAUGUGAGGCUUACAGGCCAGGACACGUGAGACGCUGAGCGGCCACGGGAGCUAAAAUGGACGCCUCCACUUGUACGACUGCUCGACGGCUGUGCGACAAAACUACUAAUUUGCGCGUCAGCGCAGCACCGAUGCGGCCACCACGGAGGGGCAAAGAUAUAAUAUUCUAUCGGGUAUAGUAUAAAGCUAUUUUAGCUCGGUUGUAGUCCUUUACAGACGUUUGAAUGCGUUUCCUGUGUUUCUGCUACAUCGAGCUGCUUGCUGAUUAGCACCACGAAGUUGGGAGGGGGUGGUGGGUAGACCGAUCCUGAUAUCGAUCUAGUCGAUAUUAAGGGUUGUAUCAGUAAUCUUGAUACUACUGAGAGUACAUGAAUAUUUUUCAGUACUUCCACAAUUGUGCGUUUUUUAUGUGUAAUUUCUAAUGGUGAAUUGUUAUAUUUAUAUACAUUGUACAACAUUUUUGUAUUUUAUUUGCAUUUUUCUGUCUUUUCAUCACUGAAACAGUUAUCUCGUGACCUAUAGCUAAGAAAAUGGUUUAGACCAGGGGUCUCAAACUCAAUUUUCCUGGGGGCCUCUGGGCAAGUAUGGGCCGCAUCAAGUUUUCCAAAAAAAAACAAAAACGCAUUUAUUAAAAACAGAAAAAUAUACAAACUUUUUCAGUGCUUUGGUUCCGAUUUUCUACAAUAAAAGCUCUGAUAAAACAUUCCACUGUUCUCAAAUAUCUUAAUUUUUAUUUUCCUGCACAAAAUAAGAUGAAAAAUAAAUAAAUCAAGACUAAAGAAAAUCAAUCAAUCAGUAAUAAAUAAAUAUAAUAAUGAUAAUAAAACGGCAAAUAAUAAAAACUUAAUAAACCACAUAUAGUUGGUGGGUAGACAAAUUAUUUUUUUCAGAUUAAAAUUAACAAAGCAUUAUUAGAGCCCUGUAGACAUGACAAAACACGACUAUAGUCACAUUUAUACUUUUUUUAUUUACAACAUAUUGCGCAACUGCAGGGUCUUGAGACACAUGCUAACUCGCAAACUAGAGAGCUAGCGACCUAAACAGUAGCCUUCAAGUUAUUUCCUUUAAACUUAAAUAGCCAAAAACUUACCACUUCCACAUGGAUAGGGAGGAUAACUAUUAACAGUUAUUUAACCUUUAACAUGAACAUUAAUCAAACGUAAUAAUUUUUUCUGAGUACAUGAUACCAUACAGCAUCCAUAUCAAACUUGCGCGGGCCGCACUAACAUUAAACUUUCAUAUCAAGGCGGGGGCCGCGUGUUUGAGACCCCUGGUUUAGACAACGAGUGACACAAAGUGUUUUGUUUUGUUUUUUUAAUUCUUAAAAUCCACAUUCAGCGACAAACAGUCUAGUCAGUCAAAGCGUUCUGGCUAUAGUGCAGAUGAACUUUGUGCUAUGUACAUAAAACAAUUUGUAAAUAAAUAUGUGUUCAUCAUCAAAACUGUCCUUGCACUUCAAGUCUAGUGUUUUAACUCAAGUACUGUUGCAAUAAGGAAAAUGCACAUAAAAGAUUACUGAGGUGGAAUUAAUUUCACGCUACACUGUAGCCUUCACAUUACUAGAAUUAUAUUCAUUAUCUUUAUAAAUAAAAAGUUAUACACACCAUGAAAAAUGUCUUUACAAUCUGGGACAUGAUGCCCUUUAGGGGUCAACGCAACAACCGGAUAUAAUAUAAUAAAGUUUGACAUGUAAAUAACAUCUCCCACAGUACCUGCUAAGCAAAGGGUGAAGACGGAACGUCAUGUCAAUAGUAUAAAGGUUAUGAGAUGGUGAAUGUUUUGUUUGAAAACAUAAAAUUUACAGUCCGAAAACCUUCAUGACAUUGACAAGAUUUUGAUAAGCGGCAGUGCAAAGUCUUGAGGUAAGUUUCUUUGGCAAGCCAAGUUUAAGGGAGGCAAAGAUGGCGGCUACAUGUGACCACCGUGUCUGUCAGAAGGCGGCAGUGGUGGCGGUGGUGUUAAUGGUGGCGGCAGGUCGUCUUCAUCCCUGUCUUGUGUGGCUGGUGCGUCGGCCUGCAUGAAAGAGUCUGUGGAGCGAGUACUGAUGCGUAGCGGGGCAAGGCGCCGUAGGUUGCUGGGGGUCCACGGCAGCCUCACUUGGGCCCUCUGCGAGGGGGCCACCAUGCUGCUGUCCAGCUCGGCCUCCGCCAACCAUGGUGGGAUCUGCAUGGAGUCCAGCUCUGGCAUGAAGGCUGGGUUCUCUAUUCCGGCUACGCCAAAACGAGAAAGUUGCGUUUUAAUUGUACGUCAACAAAGUGAAGGCUUACAAUAAAAAUGGAGGUGAUGGCAUCAUUUUACCUCCUACUCUGUAAGUGACCCUCAUGGCGAGCGAGUCAGAGCCAGACGCACUGUCACCCUCUGAGAACUCAAAAUCUAAAAAAAAAAAAAAAAAAUCCAAGUUAUAAAAGUCAUAAUGAAGUACGUGUGGUAUUUGUUGGAUUUUCAAAAUAAAGCAAUGGAACACACCUUCAUCACCAGAAUGGUAGCUUUUACUUUUGUCUGUUGAUUUUUCUGGUGACGUCUGCAGAAGGAAAUAACAUUUUAAUAUUUACAUACAACGCCAUUCCAAAUAGUACCGUACAAAAGCAUAUUAAUGUUUUCAGUUUGACUUGGCUACCACACAGUUGUACUUAAAAACGAAACAUUUUUUUAGGGCUGUCAGAUUAAUUCUCCAUGCGACUAUCUGCACUAGUAUAAGUAUAUCCUUUUAUUGCAUUUAUGAACAAAAAAAUAAAUGACUGGACACUUUCAUAUAUUUGUAUGCUAUAAAAAAAAGAAAUGAAAAUGUAAGCUAAAGCUAAACGAUAGCACAUACCUUAUAUCUGAACAUCAGUAGUCCAGGAGUUGCGUUCAAAGAUACCACGUAAUUUCUUUAAAUUGAACUCACUAUUUUGAGUGUAGGUGUAUUUUCUGGCAUUUACGACCACAAUUAAAUGCAGCAAAUUUUACUUCCCUGUUAAGAGUUACAAAGUGAGUGAUACGAACAUCCACUUGUUGCUUUUAUUUAUUUUUCUGUUUAUUUAUACCACACACACACUCAUAAUUAAGACGUUGUGGUGUGAUGUUCGGUGUGUACCCGAAUGCCCCUCGCGGUGGUCUCGUGACAAUGAGGAAGUUGUUGUUCCGAGGAGCACUAGGGACGUGUUGUCUUUGGCGGCGCGACACCCAUCUUUGCGGACUUGAAAGACUCCAAACGACUUCUCAUGGUCCUCUGGAAGAUCUCCUGCACCUCGUUUUCAUCUUUGUUGACCUCAAAAUGACUCCGGCUGUACCUGUGCCGGUGCUGGAAUGUUGAGAAUAGGUUUCCAAAGGCUCGGCUGAAUGAAGAGGGUAGCUCAAGCUAAAUGGCUAAUCAACGAAGAGCAACAGUGACACAGAGAGACUGACAAGAGACCCCGGGAAUGAAAAAAAUCAGCAGUAUUGACCCCAGGAGACAAAUGUGUGCAUAUCCACUUCGCUCCAUUUGUGCAAAAGCAAGAAAAUACUCGUCCUGUGAUGUGAAGGAGUGUCAAAUUCCCAAGGAGAGGAUGUCAGACGAGCCGCCACCCACAUGGACACCGGUCCAAUGGAGGCAUGUGUUUACAAGUUGACAGUCUCCGUAAUUGCCAUGUUGAACCAACAUAGGCUCACUAAGCCGCCGACAUGGAUUUCAAAGUGGUGUUUGCAGCCUUGGAGGAAACGUGUGAAGAGAACAUUUCGGCUUUUUCUGAAGAACUCUCGGACCCUCCGUACGGUGAUGUUGCCCAGCGCUUGGUGGUGUGCAUGAAACAAAUUCAAGAGCACGGUCGGGUCCUUGAGCCUAUGGUCGCCGGUUUUACUGCCGUAUGCCACCAUUACGACUUUGACGCCGAAACACCAGGAAAUGGCUAUCGUUCCCUGAUUAAGGUUUUACUGUCAUGCCUUGUUCAUAUCAUACAAAAGGCCCGCUACAUUGCCUCAAAUCACAAGAGCGCCUUCUUCAGGGCAGACCACAACGUCUCAGAGAUGGAGGCGUACUGCAGCGCACUUUGCCAGCUACGUGCGCUCUUCUACCUGGCCAAGCAUCUCAUCAACGACAAUGACUUGGGCCAGCUGUACUCCCUGCAAGACCUCGAAUUGAGUCACAAAUUUGUGCAGGAGUACAGCUCCAUGCAUAAAGCCUGUUUCUAUGGUCGAUGCCUGGGUUUUCAGUUUUCACCAAGUCUUCGUCCAUUCCUCCAGACUGUUGUCAUAAGCAUGGUGUCAUAUGGUGAGGCAUAUGGUAAACAGCAAUCAGGUCUAGGUUUGGCAGCUCUGUCGCUCCUCACGUCAGGAAAAUAUGUCAUUGAUCCGGAAUUACGCGGUGAAGAGUUUGAACGCAUAACUCAAAACCUCGACAUGCAGUUUUGGAAGUCAUUCUGGAAUGUGACCGAGUCCGGAUUUUUAACAGGUUUCAGCAGAAUAGCCUCAUACCCCGUACAUGUGAACCUGACUCUGACGCUGCCGCCUGUCCCUUUUCGUCUCCCCCUGGUGGCUGACCCCAGUCUGUCUGCUAAUGUGUCGCCUCCACUGGCUCACUGGGGCCCCAGGCCAGUCCACAUGCGUCUUAUAUCUCACGAGAUUCGAGAAGGACAGGACAGUGAGGAGCUGUUGUCUUUUUCAAGCAUUCAUCCUCCCCCUGUGUCUGCUACCCGUCUCCCGUGGGUGCACAACCAACCUAAAUCCCCGUUCCUGCUCAUCCACUUCCACGGAGGAGGCUUUGUAGCCCAGACAUCCAAGUCACAUGAAAAUUAUCUACGAAGCUGGUCGAAGCAGUUGAAUGUUCCCGUCCUCUCCGUGGACUACUCUCUGUCUCCCGAAGCGCCCUUUCCCAGAGCUCUAGAGGAAUGUUUCUAUGCUUACUGCUGGGCUUUGAAAAACUGCCACCUGCUCGGUUCCACAGCACAACGGGUGUGUCUGGCAGGAGACAGCGCUGGCGGCAACCUCUGCAUCACUGUGUCCAUGAAGGCAAUGACGUGCGGCAUCCGUGUCCCUGACGGCAUUAUGGUGGCCUACCCCGCCACCUUGCUCACCACGGAUGCCUCACCCUCCCGUUUGCUGACACUCAUUGACCCAUUGUUACCUUUGGGUGUUCUUGCAAAGUGCCUCAAUGCCUAUGCAGGUGAAGACUCUCAGAUCGUGCAGGCUGCUGUGGGAGACAACAGUCUGAGCGCUCUGGGCAGAGACACUACCACACUGCUCAACGACCUCACUCGGGGAGCCGCCAACUGGCUCCAGUCCUUACUGGACCCCAUGCAACCCUCAAGUGUCACCCGCUUACAGUCAACAAAGCGUAAAGAGUCCACACGCAGGACGUUCAACCACACCUCAUCCCCGAAGAACUCCAAUGGUCAUCUGGAUUACCCGGAUGGCUUUGAGCCCCUGCGCUCGCAAUGCCUCGCAUUUGUUCAACCCAUAACCUGCCCCAUCAUCAGGAACCCGUUUGUGUCACCGCUCCUGGCUCCUGAAAGCCUGCUGCGCGGCCUACCGCCUGUUCACAUAGUGGCCUCCGCUCUGGAUGCCUUACUGGACGACUCUGUAAUGUUUGCCAAGAAGCUGCGAGACAUGGGCCAGCCCGUGAGCCUCACGGUGGUGGAGGACCUCCCUCAUGGCUUCCUCAGCCUGGCUCAGCUCUCCAAGGAGACAGAAAUUGCCAGUGAAGUCUGCUUGAAGAAAAUGAGGGACGUUUUUCAGCAAGAAAGUGCAAUCAACAAUGAGAACACUGGAGGAGACGCGGUGUGAUUUAUCAAAUCAACGAGAUUGUAACCAUUUAGUGGGGUGUUUUCUUAGGGAAAGAAUAUUAGAAAAGAAUAUAGUGGCACAUUGGGACAGUGAAAUGUACAUUUAUUCCAGGUUCUUCUGGUGGAAGACAAAAUGCACUUUUUAGUGUUGAUUUUAUCCUGAAUGACGGCACAAUUUGUUGUGUAGUCUAGACCCGGAUCAAAGAUACAUAAUUUAAGAGCAUUGCAGACUAAGUUGUGCUGCAGUUGUUUGAAUUUGUGUGCCUUGACGCUUUAUAGUGUCGAUGGAAGACACUAUCUUUCUAUAUCAGGGUUAAUGGUUUAUGCACACGGCAAACUGUUUACAAAUGAACUAUUUCAUUACUUAAUAUUUGAAUAUGUUUGUUUACAACAUAAAAGGGACUUAUUCACCUUGAACCAAUCAGCAGUAUGGUGUUCUGUAAAUAUUUCUUAAUAUUUAUUACACAGUAGUAUUUAAGUAUCUGGGAUUAAAAAUGUAA